AUGAAGGCCUCAAUUCAGGCCGUGACUCUCUGGGGGAAGCAAGCCCCCGCCCACAGCAUCACCGCCAUCCUGAUCACGGAGGACCAGAAGACGAUUGUCACGGGAAGUCAAGAGGGGCCCUUAUGCCUCUGGAACCUGUCGCCAGAACUCAAGAUUUCAUCAAAACAAAUCCUUGUGGGUCACACUGCAUCUGUGACAUGUUUGGCCAAAGCAAGGGACUUUGAGAAACAGCCCUAUGUGGUCAGCGCUACGGAGAACGGGGAGAUGUGCAUUUGGGACGUUGCCAGUGGCCAGUGCAUUGAUCACACACAGCUCCCCUUUAGGCAUACGGCCAUCUGUUAUUACCACAGCUCAUUCCGAAUGACAGGAGAUGGCUGGCUUCUGUGUUGCGGACAAUACAAGGAUAUCCUCCUCAUCGAUGCCAGAACACUGGCUGUCCUCCACACCCUGACAUUGUCUCAGUCUUCCGACUGGAUCAGCUGCAUGUGCUUGGUUCACUCCCCACGGAUCCAAGAGGAUUCCUUAAUCGCUGUAUCAGCUUCAGGAGACCUCAAAGUCUGGGACUUGUCCUCCUCGGUGAGCAGGAUACAGGAGAAGCAGCUCGUUGCUGAGAGGGAAUCCAAGUCUUUGGACUGCGCUUCCUGCCAUGCCAUCAGAUUCUGCACGUACACCGAGAGACUCCUCUUAGUUGUCUUCCCCGGUUGCUGGAAGGUGUACGAUUACUGCGAUUUUUCCUUGCUGUGCACCGAAUCCAGCCCCGACAGCCAGUUCUGGGCUGGGGGAGAAGUCCUUGCAGCGCACCGGCUAGUUGUCUGGACAGAGGCUGGCCAAGGCUAUAUCUACCAGCUGCUGAACAGUUGCCUUUCGCGGAGCAAACAGCCCUCCGAUCGAAGAGUGCCCAAAGAAACUGUCUGUCCUCUUUUACUUUGUUCCACAGCUGUGGGAGAUAACAAGAGUUUCUCGUAUGUAUUGGGCUUCAUGAAUGAAAGAAAGGAACCCUUUUAUAAGAUCCUUUAUUCUGGAGACGCUUCUGGGAGAAUCACUUUGUGGCAUAUUCCUGACGUGCCAGUUUCAACUCUGGAUGGCUCUCCAAAAGAGAUUCCAAUCGUGGCCUCCUUGACUCUUCAGGAUCACUUUGAUGCUCAUGGUUCUGUGGCUGAAGGUAUCAUUGACCACCUCUGUGGGGCUGACCAGGGCAGCAGAUGGGGCCUCAGCUCUUCCGUUUACAUCCCCAGUCUUGAUAAGCUGGUGUGUGGAUAUGAAGAUGGGAGGAUUUUCAUAGUUCCGGCUCUGCAGGCUGUCAAAACCAGGCUGUUAGAAGACCUCUCUUUGCUGAAAGGCAUGCUGCCUCACAGGAUCCUGGCCGGCCACAGCAGCAGCGUGACUUCUUUGUUGUACCUCCACGGCUGGUCUGCCCGCUUUGACCCGAGCUGGCUGGUGUCAGGUAGCCAGGAUUCUUGUGUGAUCUGGUGGGACAUGUUUACGGGAGAGAUUUUACAUCAGUUCUCUCUGCAGGCUGGCCCUGUCACAAAUCUGCUGCUGUCUUCAGAAAACUACAGAUUCAAAGGCCAGAGGAUUGUGUGCUGCCUGUGCAGUGACCACUCGGUGGCGCUGCUGCACUUGCAAGAGCGAGCAUGCAUCUUGCACGCCAGGAAUCAUCUUUCCCCUGUGAGGAUGCUCCGGUGGCACCCGCUGGAAAAUCUGUUGGUUGUUGGGUGCGAAGAUGAUUCCGUUUCUGUUUGGGACAUUGAAACAGGAAUCCUAGAACGGCACGAAACUGGGGAAGCGGCCAAAGCAGUCCUUGCUGGCUGUGAAGACUCCCCUCUUUCCAUGGCAGAUUCUCUGCUCCCCAUCUUUGAGGGCGACACACACAAGCAGAAGGAAGCCGGCGUCCCCCCCUCCAGCUCCUGCAAACUGGGCACACUUUCCUCCAGCAGCCUCUCUCAUCAAGAAAAGUCUUCCCACCAGGUCUAUAGAAGUCCAGAGGUGCCCAGACUUGUGCUGACCAUCAAGAACCCCAGUCCUUGUGGGUCAGUCACUCUGGCAGAAGGAAAGAUCAUCUUCCGGGCAAGAGAAGGGGUGGGCUUGAUGCCCAUGCCUUGUGAAAUCCACAAGGCCAGAGCACACAGAGCUUUGAAGGACUGUGGCAAAACCGUUUCUCCUCAGCUCUCCUCAGCCUGCCACACCCAGUGGCCUUUUACCAUCUUGCCUGUUAAGACAAAAUGGGAGAACAGACAUUUCCACGUCCUGCUCUUUGAUCUGGAAAAUCUCAGGGAGCUGCUGCGCUCCUCUCACCUCAACGGGCUGAAGCCCUCAAACUCACUGCACAGCUGCGAUGCUCUCGAGAGGGCCAAAACUAGCACAACCGAGAAAGGGACGCUGCUGCUGAGAAGAAACAAGACCACCAGCACGCUCCCCCUGACCGACGGCCCUGGGGAGGAGCACGGCUUUGGAGGCAGCCCUGCUGCUGGGUGUUUGGAAGAAGGCGGAGGCCUCAAGCGGCAGAAGAAAGCCAAGAGUUCCAAAAAGACGAGGCGUCAGCCAUUGGGGAGAGUCAACGUGAACGUUGUCACAGAUACAGCCAAGCUCCUCUUGGCAUGCCUCCUGCCUUGGGGGGUGGACAGAGAGACGGAUAACCUCUGCAUCCAGUAUUUAGGCAUUUCAAGGCUUCUUUUGCCAGUCUCAUUUGGAUUGGUCUCCAAAGAAAGUCAUCUCUCUCUGAUGUUGCCAGGAUGGAGCCACACUAACUCUCCUCUGUGGGACCAGCACAGCCAGCCAGUCAACAUGUUUUCCAGCAAAGUGCUGGAUUUGCGGAAUAAAUACCUGAGUGCUGCCCAGGAGCCCACUGGAAAGCCCCAUGUUCGUAGAAAAAAUAGUGGGGCCCUGGAGGGACCCCCAACUCUCAUCUCUUUACUGAACAGGAUAUGCUUGGUUAGGAAGAUCAUUAGCAUGCCUUUAGACAAGAGCGGCCCGCAGAAAGUGGAGUCGGUCCGCACCAAAUGGCGAGCCACCCAGUCUGUUGGGGCCACCAGCUGUCACGAGGAGUCCUCUGAGGGCACCUUUGGAGUUCCUGCCCAUGAUGCUGAGAAUAUUUCACUUGUCAAGCUUAUUUUUUGUUGGAGAGACCAAUCCAUUGAGGUUGUUGUGGCCAUGCAAGCUGCCCUGUUGGCUGAAGUUCAGAGGAGUACAAGGAACCUGCAAAACACGUUGGCCAAUGGUCAUGGGCUAGUGCCAGCCACUUCGGCAAAGAAAAGUAAGCAGGAUCCCAAAGCUGAGCUGCCAGAGUCGCCCAAGAGCUGUCUGUUGCUGGACCAGUUUGGCAUGGACAUUUUUGAAACCUUGCCUGAGUGCUGGUGA